AUGACCGACCCGACAGCCGGACCGCAGCUGGUCAACGGCACCGUCACGUUCCAUGGCGUGCCGCUGCAGUCGUACAACUUCCCCUACGCCUACCUCGACCCGGGCCUGGCCAAGGCGUUUUUCGUCUCGCAGCUCGUCUACACGGCCACGCUCGGAUGCUUUGCCUGGGACAUCCUCACCACCCUCGGCCAGGACUACCGCAUCGUCUUCAAGCGCUCCUUCCGCCCCAUCACCCUCGCCUACCUCUGCGCGCGCUGGGGCACCUUUGGCUUCGUCCUCUUCAGCUGGAUCUUCCAGUGCCUCGCCAUCUCGCACUGCGCCCAGCUCCAGGUCACGGCCGAGAUCUCGCUCUUUUUCGGCGCUUCGGGCACCGCCGCCCUCUUCUACGGCCGCGUCACGGCCCUCAACAGCACCAGCCGCUGGCUCAAGUACAUCUUUGGCAGCCUCCUCCUCUUUGUCACCGUCGCCAGCCUCAUGAUCCCCGUCGGCAGGGCGUCCAAGCACAAGCAGAUCGACCCGACCCAGGCGUGCAUGAUUGCCUCAGUUGCAGCCUGGGGAGACGUCGUCUACGUCGCGACCGUCAUCAACGACACGGCCGUCUUCAUCACGACGGCGGUGCUGUUGGUCAAGAUGGCGCGGGCGGUGCACGGCUCGCAGCGACGCGAACUGAGCGACAUCGAGGAGCGCUUCGACCUGGAAAAGGGCGCCACGACGCCCGUCUCCGAGGGCGGGUUCAGCAGCACGCGCCGCCUGUCGCUGCCCAUCCAGCGCCUGCGCCUGCCGCGCAUGACGAGCACCGUGACGCGCAACCUGCUGCGCGGCGGCAUGCAGUACUACCUCGUCGCCACGCUCUCCAACGUCGUGACGCUCGUCGUCCUCACCUCGCACCUUCCCGCCAACUUCCGCGGCAUGUGGACCAUCCCCUCGAUGGCGCUCAACGCCAUGAUGGCCUGCCGCGUCUUCCGCGACCUAGCCCUCCUCCUCACCCGCGACCAAGACCAGUGGGAGCAGCAGGAGUCGAUUGCAAGGUGGCAGCAGUUUUCGCGCAGGUUCGCGCCUGCCGGCCUCUUUAGCCGGCUCGGCAACGGCUCGGCCAGGGAGGCUGAGCAGACACGCACCCAGCUCCAGGUCGAGGAUGGCAAUGUCGUCGACGACGAGGGCUUCAGCCAGAGGCCCGUCGCGGGACGCGGCGCGCACGGAUCCGCGUACCCGUCCAGCCUGCUCGAUCCGGGGCACGACCUGUCGCCGCUGAGCUCGCCGAACAGCAAGACGGAACUGUCGCACCUGGACCGCAGCAGCAGCAGCAGCAGUAGCGACGGGAGGGAUGCCGAGGUGACGGGAGAAGAGCGCGAGGAGCAGCAACCGCACCGGCCGUCGUCAUCGCCCUCUCCCGCCCCGACUUCCAUGGCAGCAACACCGCCGACCUCGACAGCGCCGCCUUCCGUCGCCGCGCCGAUCCGCAAACCCCCACCGGCGGUGACGUCUACCGAUGCAUCCGGCCUGUUCCUCUACGACCUGGGCAACACGCUCGCCAGCAGCGCCACACGUCCCCGUCCGUCGCCUGCGUCCGAGACGGCGCGGCGCACCGCCACCCCAGACGGUAGCCGCAGCGAGACGACGACGACGACGACGCCAAGGAGCAAGUCGAGGAGCCGCACCGGCCGCGCACCCGAAGAUGGCGUGGUUAUCCUGCGCCAGAAGGUCGUCAAGGAUCAGCAGCAGCAGCAGCAGCAGUAG